AUGGAUGGUUCGAAGGGGAGCGUAGGUGGCGGGGACAGGACCCAGCCCGAAAAGCCAAGCGCCGAUUCGAACCCUAGCCUUGACCCGCCCCAACCUACCGCGGCGGCUGUCGAAGCCACAGAUGACGGUGCGGCCGCGGCCGCGGCUGCGGCCGAGACGGCCAGGCGGCCCUUCACGGCCCUCAGCCAAGAGGAAGCUGACCUCGCCCUCGCCCGCGUCCUACAGGAGCAGGAGCGGGCGUACAUGUUGCUUCGGAUGAAUGGGGGCGGUGGCGAGGGCAGCGACUACGGGAGCUCUGAUGAAGGGAGCUACGAAUAUGACGAAGAGGGAGAGGAGGACUACGAAGAGGAACUGGAGCUCUCGCUGGUCUCAGCGAUUGGCGAACAGUGGAGGUGGAGCACGAGGACGAUCAUGCGAAUGAUCCAUAGGUUGUGA